GCUGCGAUUUUAGACUCUCCUCCAAGAAUGUCAACGCCACAAACCGUUUUACUGUGGAAAAAGUCACGAAUGUCGACGGACUGAAAUGUUCCACGUGACUACAUGAACGUGUGCCCUUUAAAUUCGAUUAUUUGGCACGGAUGCCGUUUAUUCGCACACUACAACAACCAACAUCGCCCCUAAUAAAAGCGAGGCAGUGUAAACACAACUCCAGGAACAUGAAAAGAUCGGGUGACAGUGAAGGGGAGAAGAGAAGAAAGAGGCGAAGGCUACUGCAGGAGUUGGGAGACCAGAAGAUCCCUUUUCUGGGACCUUCAGACAGGGGCUUUCAGCAACUGUGGGACACUAGUUAUUCUGGACUGGUUUUGAGGAGAUCUUGCUCUGUGCCGGCUGAGCUCCAUGGCCGGGUGCAGGCAGCUCUGCUCACUUUGAGGAGAAAAGGCUGCCUCCUGAAGGACUUGGUUCGUGUCCGUGACAGAGAUGUAUUCACUGCUGUGUCACGGGCUCUGCUGGGUGAACCUGGUCACACCUAUCGCUACCUGGACACCCGUCUAUUUGCUAUCCCCUGGCACAGAGAGGACAGCGAGGUCAAAGCUCAAAACUGUUGCAACCCUGAUCUGAGGGCUGCUUGCAAGGCUUUGUGGGAGCUCAACAACUUCUUCUGCUCAGACGUAAGUCAGCUGAAGGAAGGAGACAGACUGACACAAUGCGCAAAGGUGAGGGAGGCAGAGACUAAACAGACUGAGGAAGGGGACACAGAGUCUAAGCACAGUGAAGAGUCCAAGAAUAGUGAAGGAGGGGACUCGGAGCCCAGGCAAAGUGAAGAGGGUGACACAGAGUCCAAGCACAGUGAGGAGUGGGACAUUGAGUCAAAGCAUAGUGAAGAAGGCUGCUCUACGUCUAAACAAGAAGGGGAAUGGGAGACUCAGUCCCGACACAGCAGUGAAGAAGCAGAGUCAUCCCAGGGAAAACCAAGUGACAUCGGAAUUGCUGAAGGGCCAGAACACAGUGAAGGUAAAUGCCCAGGCUGGACACCUAAGCCCUUUAGUGAGGCAGAAACCGAGUCGGUGGGACUUGGACUCCAGGAGAAACCUGUUUCCCAACUCAAGAUUAGCUUGUCAGAUUACCACAUUGAGGAUAAAGAACUUCCAAGUGGGCAGAGUUGCUCCCAACCCAGUCCUCCUCAGAUAUGUACCGGCCCAUUUAAGUUCAGCGUCACCUUACUCAAUUAUAUGGACCCAGCAGCUAUGAGCCAGCUCAAAGAGGAGCCAUAUUACGGCAUGGGGAAAAUGGCUGUUGCAUGGCACCAUGAUGAGAAUCUGAUCAGUCACUCACCAGUGGCUGUUUACAACUAUAGCUGUCAUGAUGACAAAGGUGAGACCAGUGCGGGAGGCAGUGGCGAGAAGCCAUGCUGGAGGAUUGGGCUGAAGGUGGCCUGGGACAUACAUACACCUGGCCUAAUGCUGCCGCUGGAGUCUGGAGACUGCUAUUAUAUGAGAGAUGACCUGAACAGCACUCACCAACAUUGUGUCCUCGCUGGAGAUGGCGCACGCUUCAGUUCUACACACAGAGUGGUCGAGUGUUCUCGUGGGACCCUGACCUACAUCCAGUCACGGUGCCAAGAGGCCCUGUCUAACCUGCACACAGACCCAGAGACAGGCUCCCACAGCCUGCUGACCCUACAGCCGACCACGCUACAGCACUGUGAGGAGAUUCACAACGAGGUGGAGUUUGAGUGGCUGCGGCAGUACUGGUUUCAGGGUCAGCGCUACACCCGCUUCUGCAGUUGGUGGUCCAGUCCCAUGGAGCAACUGGAGAAGGACUGGAGGCUCAUGGAGACCAUGACGAUGCUCUUUCUGGCUAUGGUGGAAGAGGAAGACCAAGCAGCAGAUUGCAGGAGGGAGAUGGCAGAAACGCUGCUCUCUGCUUUGACAGACAGACACCAGCAAAGGCAGACUUGGAGAGACAGGUGCCACUCAAGUUUAGCCCAGACAUUGCCCCCUGAGGAGGCCCCUGUGGACCGGCCCUUCUGGAGCGCAGAUGACCCUGGCAUGCCGCUGCCCUUUGAUCUGGCUGAAAUCAUCAACAGAGUGGAGUCACUGCUCUGGAGGAUGUGAAGGAUGGAUGGAACGAGUGUGAAAGAAAGACUGGGAAGGACCAGCUUUUCUGAUUGGCCCCCACAUGAACUGAGGGACAGAGCACUGAAGACAGCCGUGUUGUGAUCACAUCAAGAUGGAUUUCCUUUUGAUUGGGGCAUAUCCCCCCCCCCACACUCUACCCUCCACAAACCCCAGCUGACCCCUGGUCCUCUGACACCUCAGCCACCCCGUUUUGGGAUUUGCUUGGCUGGAGGGAAACCAGACUACCACAGUAGGACCAGAAUAGUGCUUCAGUACCAUCAUGCUAACAAGUCAAGCUUAGCAACAAGCUACUAGUGUCACAAUGAUCUAAUGAAACCCGCUUUUCAGUGUUAGCCUACGUUGUGCAGCUAUUUAUUAUUUCAUUGUACACUGUUACUUAAUCUCAUGUAAUCCAAACAUGCUUCCAUCAGUGGAUUGACUCAUUCUCAGUAUUUGCAGUUGAGUACAUACAUCUAUGCUUUCUUCUUGUCACAGAGUGUUAUAAUACAGUAUACAAAGGUAAAAAAAGUACAUACAUUGCUUACAUGGUAUUGCAUUCUUCACUCGUGCAUAGUGUAAUCCCUUUUAUUGUGUUCAGAAGUGGAAUGAGCCUGAAGAGACCAAAGAAAGAUAAAGUUGUGAAUGUCACCCAGUGGAGAACAUGAAGAAUGUGUUGUUCUGUGUUUACCGUUUGAGGAUUUGGUCACACUAGGGAUUGGCAAAUCUAAUAUUAUCUAUGUGGUUUGGUGGAAUGGGUUGGACUGGCAGCCUGGGUUCCUACAGGGGAUACCGUGAUGUUCGUGUUGAGCUAAUUAUAAAAUACCUAACGUCACAACUGCAAGAUUACUUUAUUAACUCAAAGUCAAGUUCAUGUUUUUCAACACCAGUUACAUUAACACAUUGUUCAUCAGGCCGAUGAAUGAUUCACCUUUGAAAAGAACUCUUGAAGAAGUCAAAACUGCUUUAGCAAAGGUAAAAAUUGUGUAAUAUAGGUUGUGAUGCGUUCUUGAACAUCUAUACUGAACAGACUGACCAGAACUCUCAGUGAAAGGUUACUAUAAACUGGGGUACUAGAUGGGUACAGUAUGAUAUAGCUUAAAAUAUACCCUUACAUAUGAAAAAGGCUGUGCUAUUAUGUAUCAAGUAUGGUUUGAUGGAGUUCUAAUCUGUCCAAAAAAAAAAAAAAAACCCUCUGCUGACUGCAUUUCUGCAGCCCUGAUGUACCGCUGUCAUAGGUAUAAAAUUAGGUUGCUAACCGUGUUUCAUUAUUAUUAUUUUGACUGUAAAGUGGAUUUUUUUUUUCAAACUCAGACAACUGCCUCAAGUAUCAUGGCUUUCUUGUUGAACAGUAAUUAGUAUGACUUGCAAGUUAAACAGUCAUUCAGAAUGAGUACACCACCCAGAGGCUUGAUGCUAACGUUUUAAAAUGCCUAGGGUUAAAUUAAAUGAACUUUUCUUUUCAAUAGCUAAUUGAGUAGCAAACAAAUAUUAUUCCAUAAACAUAGAUUGACAGUGUUAAUCAUUAGCUACAUGCCAAUUAGCUAAGCUAGCUCGCUUGCUGUGCUAUUUUGGCAACUAAGUCAUGCUAGCUAGAACAGUUGCUACCCUUAUAAUAAGUUAACAGUUAUUUAUAAAGGAAUCAAUUUGUACUAUCCAGUCUUUUUUACAGACUGAAAAUGAUAUAAGUUUUUAGAAACAGUUUAUGCUUUUAGAUUGCGUGUCCUCAAAGGACAGCAGUAUCACCGCGGUGGCUUUUGACCGGGCGUAAGUGCAAAUUUUUAUGUCGAGUUGAAUGUUGAACCCGACCCUAAAUAUCCGUUUGGAUUACUCAAGCUAAUAUUUUGCCUUGUGGGCAUAUUAGUGCAAAUUCACAGAUUGAAUUUACAUUGAAUUACACUGAGAAAAAUUAUUAUUAUUAUUAUUAAUACUAUUAUUAUUAAAGACUAUUAAAUUUCACUGUCAAAAUACUAGUGUGACCGACCCCUAAUGGUGUGCUUGUGCCAUAUUUGGUAUGUUUGUGUGUCGGUGUGUCUGCGUAUGAAGAAAAAUUCUCUAUGUUCAUACGUGACGGUGUCAUCACGUUGUGUAUAUGUGUGUUUGUACUUUUGGCUAUGUGAAUAUAUUUGUUAUUUGUUGGCCUGCACACACUCCUGCGCGUACGUAAACCAUGCCCCACGUGUAAACACCGAGGCAUGCUGAUGUGCGUGCGAGCUCAUAGGCAGACCGUAAGAUGUUUGUUCUCGAAGACAUCUAUAUGGAGAAAGAGACGAGCGGCUUUGGCUCUGAUGAAAGGCAGUGCUGAUAGAAUGACCCGGAACACAACCGCCGUUUCUCAUAAUUACAGCUGUUCAAACGCUUUUAAUUACUCUUAAAGCGCGUCAAGCACCGCACUCCCUCUGUAAUGCUGCAGGCCAUCCAAGAGAUCCGGCGCUUAUGACAAAAUCCUCUUAGGAAAAAAAACCUAGAAAAGGGUGGAAAAGGGGGCCGACGUCAAAGCAGUGUAGCAGCCCUCCAUGUUUGAUUUCUCUCUGUAUCUAGAUCACGAUGAAGUAGAGAUGACGUUUACUAUUAAAAAUGCAGAAUGCACUCCUUUUCUUUUUUAACUUCUGAACCCCCCCAGAUGUUAAUGGUUGCCAAACGCUGUUUUUCCUGCUUCUACUUUUGCUGCAUCUCUGUUGUUUGUUGUAGUCACGGAGAUUUGUUUGUAGAUCGGCGGUAACGUUGAGUUGUUUGAAUCGCUCUGUGCUCCCUGCGCCACAACUUGUCUGUCUGAAGCAAUAGGAAUGGCAGUAAAUUAAAAAAAACAGUGUUUUACUCAGUGA